UAGACUCCCUGGGGGAAGAGGGCCCCUCAUGGGCAGGGGGGACCUGUUGGCGGUCUCUCCCCUUGGGGCCAGUCUGCACCUCUCAACCUGCCUGAACAGCCUGAAGGUGGGGCCCGAGCCCCUGGGAGAGGGAUUCACGCAGGAGGGCUAAACUGCUGUGGGGUCCCAGCCCCGUCGCUCACCCUCUCUUGGUGGAGCUUCAGUUCUGGUGUAAAUAACUCAAGAGUAGAAGUUGGGGGCUGCCCUGGCUUUGCAGAGAACGUGACAGUACCCGAUGGGUUAAACUGUGACAGAGGAAACCAGACUUCUCCUUCUGGGGCGUGACUGCGACUACAUCUGAAAGAUCAAAAUUAAAAAAGAAGCUUCACACUCGGAGAUGAUUAUGGAAGGAAAUUAUGCAACAAAGAGAGGGCUUAUUGGAACUGCUGUGUUACCUCCCAGCCCACUGCCUCCUUGAUACAGCCUGGUCAUGUGAACAACUGAAAUCAGGUCUUUUCUGUUGCACACCAUUGUCAACUGAACUCACGGUUUUCUGGAUAAUGACCAUGGGUGAAGUGGACUAGAAUGGAGAUCAAUGUUUUCCACAUCUUCCAGCCUCCCAACCAUGGCUGCUGGGACUAGACUUGGAUGAAAUGGACACUUUCUGCUUCUCAGGAUUUUGCUCCACUGAAAAAAAGCUGUAAACAGCAGCAUCCAGAUACAGAAUUGAGUGAGAUUCCUGCAGAGCUCCUGAAAUGCCAUGGAAAGGAAAAAGAGAGCGAGAAGGAGAGACAACAAAUAAUUGGUGGAUGUAAUCAGACUUGUUCUGCAGUGACAUCUGCUUUCCCAUUGCCACCCUUGCUCUGCUCCCUAGAUCAGAGCUGCCCUGCACUUUUCAGUAGCUCCAACAUUUGGAUUGCAGCCGGGGCUUAGGCUGUAGUAGGUUCUUCCUCUGCUGACUUCUUUCAUUCACCUGCAGUCGUGGAAUGAAGCUGUUCCCUGAACAAUGGUUUGCUGAGGGUGUAAGGCAGAGUGACUUCCCGGAGCAGGAAAUGCCAGCCACCGUGAUGCCGGGGAGUCCGGUCCAGCUGAACAGUGACACCCUGGAGUCUGACCGCCCGCAGUCCGUGAGCCAGCCCCAGCCUGCCUUCCAGAUCCAGCCCGUGACCCCGGACCCUGCCCCCAGCCAGCCCAGGGAGACGUGGGGUGGGAAGUAUGAGUUCCUGCUCUCCUGCAUCGGGUAUUGCGUGGGGCUGGGCAACGUCUGGCGCUUCCCCUAUCUCUGCUACCGCAAUGGAGGAGGGGUCUUCCUGAUCCCCUACUUCGUCAUGCUGCUCUUCACCGGCCUGCCCCUGUUCCUGCUGGAGCUCAGCCUUGGCCAGUACGGCGCUGCAGGGCCCAUCACCGUCUGGAAGUGCUGCCCCCUGCUGAAAGGGAUCGGCGUGGGCAUGCUGCUCGUCUCCUCGCUGGUGUCGCUCUAUUAUAACGUCAUCAUCGCCUGGACUUUCUACUACCUGGGCACGUCCUUCCAGAGCCCCCUGCCCUGGUCGUGCGAGGCUCCGCAGAACGCCCCCCUCUGCCAGAACGCAUCAGGAAACGCCAGUCGGUUCAGUGCCAGCGAGGCCUUCUGGAAUGAGCAGGUGCUGGGGGUCACACACAGCUCCGGCCUCCACGACCCAGGCCCGGUGAGGUGGCCGCUCGCCAUAUGCUUGUUGGUCGCCUGGAUCGUCAUCUUCCUGUGCAUGUUAAAGGGGAUCCGCAGCUCGGGCAAGGUGGUGUAUUUCACAGCGACGUUCCCGUACCUGGUCCUCAUCGUGCUCAUCAUCCGAGGAGCUACGCUGGAGGGAUCCAUUGAGGGCGUCCGCUUCUACCUCUCCUCGGACUGGAGCAGGCUACAGAGCGCUCAGGUGUGGAACGACGCUGCCUCACAGAUCUUCUACUCGCUGGGCAUUGGCUUCGGGGGGCUACUCUCCAUGGCCUCCUACAACAAGUUCGACAACAACGUGAUCAGGGACACCCUGGUUAUCGCCAUCGGGAACUGCUGCACCAGCUUCUUCGCUGGAUUCGCCAUCUUCUCCAUCCUGGGCCACAUGGCGUGGAGGAAGAGAGUGCCGGUGUGGGAGGUGGCCGAUUCAGGUCCCGGGCUUGCCUUCGUGGCCUACCCAGAAGCCCUUGCUCUGCUGCCUGCCUCUGCCUUCUGGUCGGUCCUGUUCUUCCUGAUGAUGUUCACGCUGGGAGUAGACACCCUGUUCGGGAACAUGGAGGGCAUCACCACGGCCGUGCUGGAUGAGUUCCCGGCCCUGCGCGAGUGGAGACGGAAAACCCUCUUCCUGGGCGCGCUGUGCUUCACCUUCUACCUGCUGGGCCUGCUGCUCAUCACCGAGGGCGGCAUUUACUGGUUCACCCUCAUCGACGCCUACAGCACCAGCUUCGGCCUCAUCAUCAUCACCCUCUUCAUGUGCAUUGGCAUUGCCUUCUUCUACGGGGUGAACCAGUUCUGCCGGGACAUCGUUGACAUGAUCUGCCGGUGCCCGCCCUGGUGCAGCAAGCUGGUGCUCUACUUCAAGGCAUGCUGGGUAUUCAUCACGCCGUGCCUGCUGCUGUUCAUCCUCUUCUACAUCUUCCUGGAGAUGUACAACACGUCCCUGCACUACGGCGCCUACGUCUACCCGCGCUGGGGCAAGGCCCUGGGCGUGUGCAUGGGCACCGUCACCUGCAUCCAGAUCCCGCUCUGGGCGCUCGUGGCCAUCGGCAGGGAGUCGGGGACGCUGACGGACCGGUUCCGGAAAGCCAUCCACCCCCUGAACUCCUGGCGCACGGCGACCACCCACGCCGAGGUCAUCGACGUCCCCUACACCAUCAACCUGGUGGACAGCGACUUCGCCAGCCCGCCCCAGGGGAGCAGCGAGGCCUGAGGGGCCGGGGCCGGGCAGCAGGACGGGGGCUCCAGGCAGGUCGCUGCCCUCGCCGCUCCGGGCAGCUGCUCUUGGUUCCGUUGUGGCAGCCUCCCAGGCGGAGGCCGCGGGCCGGUGCUCCUGGAUCUGCUGGAGGCUGCAGCUGGCCCUCACCUGCAGGAGACGAUGCUGGAACCUGCUGCUCUCCAGCCGCAGCGGUGCCAGCGGGGGGGUGGGGGGCAGGACUCUGCUCAGGACUCUGGCCAGCCAGCGGCCGCGCGCUUUGCAAGAGGGGCCUGGCCUCUGAACCUUCUUAAAACCACAGGGAAAGGAUUGUACUUGAGAAUCGAUUGCACGUGCCCCCGGCGCAGCUGGGCACGCGGCCGGGUGGGUGCGCAGGCGCCCUCCCACCCCGGGCAUGGACAGAGGUGCCCAGCUGGGGCCGCUCUGAGGUGCGGAAGUGCGCUGAGAGCGGGGUGCCCCGGGGCACAGAGAAGUGCACGCACAGAGAGGUGUCCCGGGGCGUGGACAGAGAGGUGCAUUCACAGAGGUGUGUACCGGGGCGUGGACAGAGAGGUGCACGGACAGAGCGAUGCCCCGGGGCGUGGACAGAGAGGGGCGUGGACAGGGGGCGCCCCAGGGCGUGGACAGAGCCAUGCGCUCCUUGCCCCGCUGCACCCCCAGCAGGAAGGGAUUCCCCAGCGCUGAAGCGAGGCUGGGCUGCUGCUGUCCCAGCACUAGUGUCUGUGCCGGGGGCUGGCCGGGCUCCUGGGGGCUGCACCUUGGGGGGAGAGUUGUGGUGGGGGCUCCUCUGGCUCUGCGCCUGCCAAUCCCCCGAGGUCUAGUCCCCGGGUUCCCCUCCUCUGGCUUGAGCACUCAGGCCGACUGCUCCAUUAGCCAACCCAGCCAUGGCUCUAAUGGGCUCCUGCCGGGGUCUCAGCCAGGGGGCGGCCGCCAGGGUCUCAGCCCAAGCCUGCCCCAGCGGCGAGGACUUGGGGCCAGCGGGUUGGUAGCGGCACCAGGUUCAUGGUGCACAGCUGGGAAGCACCUGGCUCUCACCUGCUCCAUGGGAUCUGCCCACGUGUGGGGGCGGCGGCUGCUGCGAGCAGGGCUGGCAGAGGGGAGGAUUUGUCCCGGCGAGGUGCGGGGGGUGGGGGGGUGUCUCUCCAUGGGCCGGCCCUGCCAAGGGGCUGGGUUUGGGGGCCCCGGCUCUCCACCUGCUGGCAUUUCUCUGCUGCAGAAAUAAAGGCUCGGUGUUUCCCAAACAGAACGGGACCGUCGCUUCUUGUCGCCCCGCUAGCGGCCAUGGGGACGGUGCUGCCUGGUCCCUGUGUGGGGCUGCGUCAGUCUGGGGGCGAUGGUCAGGCAGGGCCUCGAUCUGCACGGCACCAUGGACCGCCCUCCCCCCCACAACACCCAC